AAAGAUAGCGAAGACUUUCCGUCUCUCUUUGACUUUUUUAUGGCGGCGGCGGCGGCGGAGGUGAGCGGCGGCGGCGAAGGCUGCGCGCAGGCGGCGCCGCUGACUGCAGGUGACGGUGAACCUGGAGAGGCCGAGGAAUUCACCUGCUCGGCCUACUGCUCGGAGCUCUCCCGGCGGCAGGACGAACAGAGGAGGGCGGGGCUGUUCUGCGACCUGACCCUGGUCUUCAGCUCCAGGGACGCGUCCGGCGGGGAGCGGCUCCUCACCUUACCGGCGCACCGCACGGUCCUGUCCGCGGCCUCGCAGUAUUUCGAGCUGCUGCUGGGCGGACAGUUCUCCGAGUCCCAGACCGGGAGAGUGGAGCUGAGGGAGUGGAGCUCCGCGGCGGGGCCCGACCCGGAGACCGUGGAGGCGGUCAUCCACUUCAUGUACACCGGGGAGGUCAGGGUGAGCAAUGCAAAUGUGCACGAUGUGCUGGAACUCGCUGACAGGUUCUUGUUGAGUCAGCUGAAGAUCUUCUGCGCAGAGUUCCUCGUGAAGAAGUUGAGCCUUUCCAACUGCGUAGCUGUGCACAGCCUGGCCCACAUGUACAGCCUGAGCCAGCUCGCCCUGAAGGCCGCCGAGAAGAUCAGGAGAAACUUCCACAGAGUUAUCCACAGCGAGGAGUUCUACACGCUGCCGUUUCAUCUGGUACGAGACUGGCUGCUGGACUCGGAAAUCACAGUGGACUCGGAGCAGGAGUUGUUCGACGCCGUCGUGAAGUGGGUCCACCAAAACCCGGAGCAACGGGAGAAGUACUUCGAAGAGCUGUUUAAGCUCGUAAGGCUUCCGCAGAUUUCUCCCACCGACUUGACGCGCGUGAUUCGAAAGGAGCCCUUAGUGGCGAACAGCGCGGAGUGUCAGCAGCUGGUGGUGAAGGCCCUGGAGUUUCACGCCGUUUGCUCUGAGGGCCUCAAGUCGGCCAGCUCAGGUCCGUGUCCCUCCUACACGGCAGCCGUCCAUCCACGUCUCGGCCAGAACAUGGACGUGAUCAUGGUGGUGGGUGGCGUCUCGGAAGGCGGAGAAUAUCUCAGCGAGUGCGUCGGCUACUUCGUCGCGGAGGAUCGUUGGGUCAAUCUGCCGCACAUCCACAACCACCUCGACGGCCACGCCAUCGCGGUUACCGGGGACCGCGUCUACGUGGCGGGCUCCAUGGAGCCUGGCUUUGCAAAGAUGGUGGAGCGCUACAACGCGGGCCUCAACAGUUGGGAGGAUGUCAGCAGCCUGACGACGCGAAAGCACUCCUUUGGCCUCACGUGCGUCAAGGACGUGCUCUACGGCAUCGGGGGUCACGGUAACUUCAGUCCCGGCUUUAAGGACGUCAUUGUCUAUAAACCGGAGCAGGACGAGUGGAUCAGCCUCGAGCCAGCGCCGAAAAUCCUGCGAGAUGUAAAAACUGUCAGCGUGGAGGACCGCUACGUGUACGUGAUGGCCAGGACCCCUGAGGACACAGACCACGAUGACGGGCUGAGCACCGUGACCAUGUGCUACGAUACAGAGAGUCACAGGUGGCAGGAAGUGCGCUCGUUACCUCUAAUCGAUAACUACUGCACUUUUCAAAUGGCCGUCUCAUCCACAACCUUCUACCAGACCGCUUCCUGCUGCCCCAAAAGCAAUAAAGUGACGUUUGAGGCCGCCCAGCAGAAAGUGAACCGAAACAUCCCGGAGGAGAUCCUCGACAGCCUCCCCGCGGAGGUUCUCGGCAUGGAAGGAGCCGCCAUCUGCUUCCUCGGUGAGGACAUCUUCAUCAUCGGCGGGUGGGGGAACAGCAGCAACUUGGAAAAACAGUACCGCAGGGAGGCGUACCGCUACUGCGCCGAGAAGAAGCGCUGGACUCUGCUGCCGCCCUUACCCCAGCCACGCUGCCGAGCAGCAGCCUGCCACGUUCGCAUCCCGUACAGAUACCUUCGCGGGACCCAGCGCUACCCCAUGCCCCAGAAUCUGGCUCGCCAACGAGAGCGCAUGCAGCAGAUGCAGCAGCUCCACCGACGCACAUUUACCAUGCGAAGACAGUUGCAAUCUCAGAUUGAAUGCUAAAGUAAGAUUAAAGAUUGUGCAAUGAAUAAUUAGCACUUUAUCUGCAGGUAAAUGCCUUCUUCUCCUGAUAAUGUCUUGUUUUUUUGUUGUUUUUUUUAUAUUAAGAGGUGAUGAUUGUUCCUAAAGCAGACUUAAAAUGAAGGAAAGGUGAAGUGUUCAGAAUACAGAUUUAAAAUCCAUAUAGGAUUAAUAAGUAAUUGAGGCUUACGCUGUUAUUUUAUUCCUUUACCGCUGCUUAUUAAUAUAAUUGCUACUGGUGGGAUAUAUAAAUCUCUUGAUUUCCUAAAAAGUUAGAUAAUGAAAUUCAAGAACACAAAGAAAUUAUGACUAUUUUUACUUUCACUAUGGAUAAAACCAUGAAAAUUUCCUCUUAAACUUAGCAUUAGAUUUAAACUUAAGACACUAAGAGGAAGGUUUCUUUAAAUCUAAUAAAUAUUAGGGAAAAGGGUAGAAAUUAUUGAUGCCAUAUUAUAAUGCCUAUAAUAGUACUAUGACUGAAAUUAUUAUUUUUUUAAUAUAGUAAAAUAAAUAUAGAUUGACUACAAUAAGAUAUUUUCAUACACGUUUAAUACAAAUGUAAUGGAAAUGGCAUAAGCUUUUGUACUGUAACAAAAUAAUUUUCACUGCAAUUAUUUCUUUUUAUGAUAUUUUCUUUCCCCCUUCUUUAUUUUUUACUUGGUUGGAAUCUUACUACUGCUGAUAGAGUGCUAAAAUCAGGAAUUGGUUUGAGAAUGCUUUCUUUUUCUUUUCUUUUUUUUUUUUACCAGAUUUUAUAACUGUUUCAGUGCCUGCUCAUUAUUUAUGUUUCAACUCUUAAACAAAUCUAAAAAAAAAAUAUAUAUAUAUUGCACUCAAAUACUACUUCAAGAGUAAAACAAUAUUGUUUGAAGAUGAAGCUGGUCUUUCUAAUGUUUUUGUGUCAAUGAAUGUUUUUGUGUCAAUUUACUUGAUUCAAUGAAUGAAUCAAGUAAAUGUAUAAAUCUUAAGCGCUGUUGGAAUUAUGGUUUUAACAAGUUAGUUUGAUUUUGUUUCAUAUGAUAGUUUACUUUGGAAAAAAGUAAAAAUAAAAAUGAU